AGAGUCACUUAGAUAACCCGGAAGACAUGUUUGUUUAUCUCGGGAAACGUGCAAACAAGUGUCUUUCUACGAUUUUUAUCCUGAGGAUCUCUUUGGCGAACUUAAGCAUGGCAAGCAAGUCGGUUUUACCCACAAAAGACCGAGCUCUUAAAGGCAGAGAGACGAAAAUGGUCGUGGCAGCGAAGCAUGCAGUCACAGGGAAGCCCACAGUCGAGCCAUUUCCUGACGGGACAGAGAUGAUCAUGUUUGGUAUGGGCUGUUUUUGGGGUGCAGAGAGACGCUUCUGGACUCUUCCUGGUGUGUUCUCUACUCAAGUGGGAUAUGCAGGUGGAUUCACCCCCAACCCAACCUACAAGGAGGUGUGUUCAGGUCUAACGGGUCACACGGAGGUGGUGCGUGUGGUCUACCCUCCUAAAGAUGUGAGCCUGGAGAAACUGCUGAAGGUGUUCUGGGAGAGCCAUGACCCCACUCAAGGUAUGGCUCAGGGGAAUGAUAAAGGUACACAGUAUCGCUCUGCAAUCUACACAUACAGUCCAGAACAGCAGGAACAAGCCAUGAGGACUAAAGAGACCUACCAGCAGGCUCUGAAGCAGAAAGGUAAGGGUGAGAUCACCACAGAAAUCAGACAGGACGAGGUCUUCUAUUAUGCUGAGAAUUACCAUCAGCAGUACCUGCACAAGGUGCCUAAUGGGUACUGCGGGUUAAAGGGCACCGGGGUCACCUGCACUUUCAGCUCCAACAAGGACGAACUUUGAAUCGGAGGUCGCUAGGGAGCAUGUCUCUUUUUCUAACUCAGGUGUUUAACGCUUACAAAUGAGGAAAUACAAGCAAAGUGAUAUAUCACGUGGAGAACAAUACAAGUAGUGCUACCAUGCAAGAUUUAUAAUUGAGUGAAAUAGCUAUUAGUAUUACAAUUAGUAUUCGCAAUAAUAUUACAAUACAGGUGUGUAAAAUAUAAUUAUUCAUAUGUGAUACAUUUAGCAUAUGAAUAAUUCUAUUUUACAUGCAGUACAUUUGAAAUCACGGUUAUGUGCGCUAAACAAAGAAAGUCAAAAAAAAAAGUUUUUCAGGCUGAUCUCUCUCUCUCUCUCUCUCUCUCUCUCUCUCCUUCUCUCCUUCAGACAUGGGUGUGUGGUUAUCAUAGAACACAACACUUUGUCUUUUUGAAUUUGUUAAGUUUGGCAGCAGUGUCGUGUGUGAUGUGCUCACCAUGUUUCCUGUUAAAGCCCAUUGCAGUCUUUAUAUAUAUAUAUAUAUAUUAUAAUAUAAUGUGUGUGUGAGAGAGAGAGAGAGAGAGAGAGAGAGAUAUUGAUAUUGAGAGAGAGGAAAUUAACACUUUUUGGUAAAAUGUAUAUACAGCUGCGGUCGGAAGUUUGCAUCUGUUCAGUCACCUGAUCACUUCUUGCUAACAUCAGUGUAAAAAUAAUCACUGAUUCAUUCUGUCGGUACUCAGGGUAAUUCCACUAUGGCACAUAGCUAUCCAAAAUCUUGAUUGUGAUGAAAUCACACUUGCAACUGGCUCCUUACACAACAGGAUUAUAAAGCCACCUAAAUACAAACAGGUAAAUAAUGUGCGGUAAAUAUGUUAAACUAUAUUAUUGGCAGAAAAAAAAUAUUUUGAUGAAAGCCCAAUUUUUUUUUUUUUUUGGGGGGGGGGGCUGUUUUCUAGAAGUUAGUCAUAUCAAUGUCCAGCAGGUUUUAUGCAAAAUUCACGUGUUAUAGUUGUCUAAGGGCAGUUGUUGAAUUCCAGCAAUAUACAGUACUGUGUAAAAGUCUUAGGCACAUGCAAUGAAAUGCUGUAGAGCAAAUAUGCCCUCAAAAAGAAUUGAAUUUAAUUGUUUCUUCAUUUAAAAAAAAAAAAUACUAUAAACAGCAGUAAGCAGUAAUAAAUGAAAUAAUAUUUGAUGUAACGACCCUUCGCUUUUAAAAAAAAAUAAAAAUGCACAUUAGUCGUCCCAGGUAUAAUUUGUGCAGUUUUAUAAGGAAAUGAGUUGGUAAGUUUUACUGAGCAUCUUGCUUUUUAUUUUUGCAGCAAAACCCAGCAGCCUUCAUUAUGUCUUUCACUCUAUUUUAAAAAAAUAAAAAAUAAAAAAAAAGGGGGGGGGGGGUCUCUUACAUAACAUUCUGCCUUCUUUAAUUACAUACAAACAUUUUUCUGUAACAUUUAAUUUUUUUGCUGGAAAACUAAUGAUUGGAAAUCGAAAAUGCUUUUGUACUGACUCGAUAAUAUAGAAGUCAUAAAAUAAUGAUUUCUUCUGUUUUUGUGUAUGUCUCGUACUAAAUAGCUUUAGAUCUUCAAACGAAAUAUAAUAUAAAACAAAGGCAACCUGAGUAAACACACAACACAGUUUUUAUUUAUUUCUUUUUUUUAUUGAAGCAAAAAAGGUUAUCCAACACCUAUUAUUAAUGUGAAAAACUAUUUGCUCCCUUAAACAUAAAAUCAGGUUGUGCCUGCUUCAACAACAACAACUGCAACCAAACGCUUCCGAUAACUGGAGCUCAGUCUUUCACUUACUUCUAGGACUUGCUCAUAUACUUUAGAUAAGUGUGUUGUUGCAUAAUCCAGUUGCGCUUGAGUUUCACCUUACGGACUGAAGACCGGACAUUCUCCUUUAGGAUUUUCUGGUAGAGAGCAGAAUUCAUGUUUCCCUCAAUUACUGCAAGUUGCCCAGAACCUGAAGCAGCAAAGCAUCCCCACACCAUCACACUUCCACCACCAUGCUUGACCGUGGGUAUGAUGAUCUUUUUGUGGAAUUCUGUGUUUGGUUUACGCCAGAUGUAACGGGACUCCUGUCUUCCAAACAGUUCCACUUUCAACUCAUCAGUCCACAGAACAUUCUCCCAAAAGGUUUGUGGAUCAUCACGGUGUGUUUUGGCACAAUUCAGACGAGCCUUAAUGUUCUUCUGGGUCAGCAGUGGUUUUCCCCUCGCCACUCUUCCAUGGAGGCCAUUUUCCCCCAGUGUCUUUCUGAUAAUGGAGUCAUGAACAGUGACCUUUAUUGAUUCAAGAGAGGCCUGUAGGUCCUUUGAUGUUGUCCUUUGCUCUUUUGUGAUUUCCUGGAGUUGCUGUGCUCUUGGAGGAAUUUUGGAAGGUCGGCCACUUCUGGGAAGGUUCAUUACUGUGAGAUUUGGAGAUAAUGGCUCUCACUGUGGUUCUUUGGAGUCCCAGAGCCUUUGAAAUAGCUUUGUAACCCUUCCCAGACUGAUGUAUUACAAUCACCUUCUUCCUCAUCAUUUCUGGAAUUUCUUUCAAUUUUGCCAUAGUGUGUUACUGGGUAUUUUGUGUUUACUCAGGGCCUUUAUUUUAUCUUAUUUUUUGUUUUGAUUUCUGAAACAAUUUCGUAUAACAUAUACACACAAAAAAAAAAACAGAUGAAAUCAGGAUGGGGCAAAUACUCUCACAGCAUUUAUGUAGUAGAUUGAGAUUAGUUUGGAAAACAUUGAAGUAUUUCUUUAACGCUGAACAGAGAUGUAAGUGGAAUUGAUUUCCUGUUCGAAUAUUAAGAGGCUGUGUGCUCUAUAGUGAAGUGGAUUGUCUUUAAGUUCAUCUCAAUUAUGUAUGCCAUGCUAAUGAUCAUUUCAAAAGCAAUGUGAUACACAAAAGUGAAAAUUGUGGUGAGAUUUGAUUAAAUUACACACUCAUAACAACUUCACAUUUGCCUAAAUAUUUUUCUCCUUGCUUUUUAAAAAAUGUAUUUUAUGCAGAUUAAUAGACCUGAUGUUCUCCGUGUUUAUUUUUACUGUGUUUAAACUGAUCAGCUCUUUACUGGGGUCUGUUAAAGCAGUAACAACAUGCAUCUGCAUUUUACAUUGUACGCUUCAUAUGUGCAGUGAAGAUUUUAGCAUGCAGGGAAACAACUCUGCCUUGAAAAAUAAGCAUGUGCAGCCUCAAAAUGGUGUCUAAGCAUUCAAAAGCAGAAUAUAUCUGCCAGCCUAUAGGAUCGUCUAUAAGUUUUAUUUAAAAUUCGUUCAAUAAAUGAUCACAUAAACAAGCUGGGAUAUGCGAAGAUAAGAAUUUCACUGUGCUGUAAUGAUUAUGUGACAAAUAAAGGCUGCUUAUUCUUCUUAAGAUAAAA